GCAGUCCACUGUGUACGCUUCCAUUGCAGUUGCUCUCUGCUCGAUGCUCGCUAUGGAAGAUCGCUUUCGAGCGCGUUGUUGUUUCGCCGGUGCCGCGUUUCAACUGACGAUAUUUUAGAAGGAGAAUUAUUGCUAAGGAAGAUCAGGUACACGGAUCUAAAACAAGCUGCAAAAUAUAGCCAUUUAGCGGUGUAUAACAACCUUUUUAGCCAAGGCCGACUGGAGUAAUGGUCAUCGACCAAACCUAGGAUGUACAGCUUCGAGGGAGAGUUCAGGAAAAGACCGCAGCAAUCACUGGGAGGUGCGAGCAAAAAGGUUGGCCUCGAUGACCUCCUACGAAAGAGUGCUCUUCGGAGGCAGAAUCGUGAGGAGUGUCGGCGCCAAGAAGAGGCUGCGCUCAAGAUCAAGGCCUUUGCCAGGGGUUUCCUAAGCCGCCAGCGUCUGGCUCACGAACUGCGUCAGGGCUUCGAUGCAAACUCCAGGGUUUCGAGUGACCUGGGCCCGCUUCUGCGCUCCCUUCCGCUCUUUUACAAUGCCAAUCUCGACAUGGAGCGUUUGGCCUGGUUAAGUCACCAAGUGCUGCUCCGUAAAGAUGAAGUGGCCAGCCAGGCAGAUGACCCCGUCUGGCGCCUGCGAAUUCGCCGUCUCUUGGCACUCAAUGUCACAUCCUUACUGCGACCGGGCUUCCCUACGGCGCCUGCACUUCGUCUCCUCGAGGUGUUGGGCGCGGCCAACGCGUACCAUGGCUGCUUCCGAGGCACCCCUUUGGAAGAGGAGUGGGCCACUCAGGUGCGGUCAUGGCUGCAGCAUCUGUGGCUUCACCUAGCACGCCAGUGCAACCUGUUCGCACAUUUGCAUCGGCUGCUGGAGCCACGGAUACCAGACCCGGGCCCCAAGGAAGAAGGUGUGCCUCAGGUGGUGACGCCACAGGCGCAAGCCAUGAUAGACCUACUCCUCCAGCCGCUCGGCAAGCCUGUGGCUGACGGCUUAGAAUGUGGCGACUAUCAGCGCGAGAUCAUCUCCUGUCUUCUAAAAGGUCUUCUUGGUGACUGCCCCCAGGUUGUGCGAGUCGUGUUGCCAGCACUGGCAAGUCGGUGGCCCUACCCUGGCGAGCCCCUGCUUCAAGCCAUACUUGGCCUAAGGCCUUCACCAUGGCUAUUUCAAGCCCUGCUGCGGCUCUCGUCACCCGCAGAGCCACUGUUCAUUGCAGCUGCAGCACAUCUAUCACCCUGCCUCGCUCACAAAGUGGAGAGGUCCAGCCGCGAAGACCUGGAAGUGGAUGAGCUGAGUCAGGCCGACGAGGCCUGGAGUGGUGGCGGUGGCUCGUCCUCCACCUCUCUCGCCGACGAGGCGCUGGAAGACGUGCUGGAGCAGCUCAAUGUGCCGGCCACCGUGAACACCUUCUUGGAGGCCGCUGCAUCCAGUCGCGAGAACCUUCCUGCGCUGUGCCAGCUGUGUUGGGCCCUGGUGCAGCGACGCCCACUGGCCCUGCACCACUUCCGGCUGCUCUACACGUUGGCCUUCCGGCCUCAGUUCCUCCGGCAGCUCUGGGUGGCACUCAAGGAUGUUCGCGCUCCAUCGCUGUUCGUGCCUGGCGGGACGCCGGUUAUGCAGCUGCUGUCAUCCGGGAUCUGCCCGCCGGACAACUGGGCCGAGCCCUUUUCGAGCCAGCUGAACCUGUUCUGCAGCCUGCUGGCCCACUUGCUACCAACGCUGCACGAUGUCGAGUUCUACGAGUCUCCUGCGGGGGAUCCAAUGCCCUUCUCGCUGGACGAGCUGGUGUCACUGAUCGCGCAGCUGCGUGAGCUCUGCCUAGGGCUACUGGAGCUGUGCUUUCCCGACACCCGGACCGGCCUGACACCCCAACAGCUGCAGUACUUGAAGACCCUGUGGAGGCCCAUGUUUGAGUGUGUAGUCUCACUGCUACGACAGCUGUACGCUCGGGACUCAAGGCGCCCCUUCUGCCCCGAUGGCCACUGGGUUUCACCUCGGACAGCCAUCUGCCCCGAUCGGGUGCCAGGCUGGAACCUGGAAAUUCAACGGCUACCAACAUGCGGUGCUGCAGCGCUGACUCGAAAACAGCUUGAGGAAGGUGGGCCACCACUCACGACCACCGAGCUUCGCAGUGCGGCAAUCCUCCAGGAGAUGCCCUUUGCGGUGCCGUUUCCUAUUCGUGUUAGGGUGCUGCAGAGCCUGAUAGCACGCGACAAGUCAGAGAACAAUCGUGAGCAGUCCCACUUUCUCCUGGGCCCCCAGAUAGAGGUCAUGGUGCGGCGGGACUACAUCUACGAGGACGCUUUUGAGAAACUUUCGGGCGAACCCAACCUCAGGUUGCGAUUGCGUGUUCAACUCGUCAAUGUGGCGGGUCUUGAGGAAGCAGGCAUUGACGGGGGCGGUUUGCUACGGGAGUUCCUUGCUGAGCUGAUGAAGACGGCCUUUGAUGCAAACCGGGGCCUCUUCCGGUGCACGCACGAUCGGCGUCUCUACCCGAACCCAGCUGUCGGGCAGUUGCCAGAUUAUGCUGACGGGCGGGCGGCACGCCACUACUCCUUUGUUGGCCGUCUUCUCGGCAAGGCUCUCUACGAGGGAAUGCUGGUGGAGCUGCCGAUGGCACACUUCUUCCUAGCCAAGUUGGUGGCUUCUGGGCGUGGCGACCUCGGCCUACACCACUUGGCAUCCCUUGAGCCACUCGUCUACCGCAACCUCUUCUUCCUCAAAAGCUACAAGGGUGAUGUGGCCGACCUGGGGUUGGACUUCACUGUGGUGACAAGUCAGCUGGGCAACAGCACGGUGGAGGAGCUAAAGCCCAACGGCGCCACGAUUCCAGUGACAGCCGCAAACCGCAUUGAGUACAUGCACCUGCUUGCAGACCACUUGCUCAACGCUCAGCUGCGGCAGCAGUGCCUUGCAUUCCGGCAGGGCUUGGAGGAACUCCUGCCAGGCCACUGGCUGCGCCUUUUCGCACCGCACGAGCUCCAGGUGCUGAUAUCGGGCGCCCAGAGCCCGGUCGACCUGGAGGACCUGCGCGAGCACACUCAUUACGAGGGCGGCUACAGCGCUACGCACCCCGUCGUCCAGGCCUUCUGGCGCGUCCUGGCAAGCUUCGACGAGCGCCAGCGGCGCCUCCUCCUCAAAUUCGUCACCAGCUGCUCGCGGCCACCCCUGCUGGGAUUCAAGGACCUGGUACCCCAAUUCUGCAUUCACUCGGCCGGCCCGGAGCCGGGGCGCCUUCCCACUGCGUCAACGUGCAUGAACCUGCUCAAGCUACCUGAGAUCACCGAUGAGGCACAACUGCGUGAAAAGCUGCUCUACGCCAUCGAGUCGGGUGCUGGCUUUGAGCUCAGCUAACAGCAAUGGGCGCCACUCCAAGUCGUGAGAAGAGGCGUUGAACAAACAGCGUGUUCAGGUUGUGCCGGGGCGCUUAGUGGCUCGCCAUUGUGCACCACUGCAGCUCGCGAAUGGCUUGCCGGUGGUUUGACAGUGGCUUGCCAGUGCUCGCUACGCAGACGUACCUCGCGGAGGUUGCAAAGCAGCAUUCCAAUGCCAGCGGCGCCUCCCUGCUUGUGAUAUAAAUGGGGGGCCAGAAGUUGGGGGGUGUGGCCUCUGAAACCAAACUACGAACUGACUGCUACAAAAAGCGCACGUUUUACCGCCAGCCAAUGAUGUAUAAAAGAAAUAAAGAUUUAUGAACUGCGUA